ACAACACAUGUGUGUUUUUUAGAUCGCAGCAGACGUUCGAACCGCCAAGCGAGAGCUGAAGAAGGCUCGGACCGUCCUGCAGAUGGACAAGCUGAAGUGCAGGAAGAGAGUUCUGCGACGCCUCGGCUUCGCCAGCCCCUCUGAUGUCAUCGAGAUGAAAGGGCGGGUUGCCUGUGAAAUUAGCAGUGGCGAUGAGCUCCUUCUGACGGAGAUGAUCUUCAACGGCCUCUUCAACGAUCUGACGGUUGAACAAGCCACCGCCCUGCUGUCCUGCUUCGUCUUCCAGGAGAAUGCCAACGAGAUGCCAAAACUGACUGAACAGCUUGCAGCUCCGUUGAGACAAAUGCAGGAGUGUGCGAAGCGCAUAGCCAAGGUUUCUGCAGACGCCAAGCUGGAGGUGGACGAGGAGACGUAUUUAAACCAGUUUAAGCCCCACCUGAUGGAUGUAGUGUACGCCUGGGCUAACGGCGCCACAUUUGCUCAAAUCUGCAAGAUGACUGAUGUCUUUGAAGGGAGCAUCAUCCGCUGCAUGCGCCGUCUGGAAGAGGUACUGAGACAGAUGUGUUCUGCAGCCAAGGCCAUAGGCAACACGGAGUUGGAGAACAAGUUUGCUGAAGGAAUAACGAAGAUCAAGAGAGACAUUGUAUUUGCUGCCAGUCUCUACCUAUAAUGAGCUACUACUGGAGGAUAAAUGCUGUUUUUCAGCUUCACUUUAGGAUUAAGCCCCGAUCAUCUUGACUUUUUUUUUGUCACACUGGGAUCAAAUAUUGUGCUAUUUAAUCCCAACGUGUUAGUUAAUUUGUCUUUCAGAUCAUUUCUGAUUCUUUUCAUCAUGACUACUUACCUGAACGAUGUAACGUCCUGUCGAGUCACGUUAUUAACGGUGAGAAUGUCUAACAAUGUAAACAUUGUUUCAUUUGGGUGAAUACAUCGACGUGGCCAGAAUACAUUGAACAUUCAUGCUUUUAUUAUGUUUGCUUACAUGAGAAAGUGGUGCAUAAAAUUACAUUUAUAUAUAUUUGAGAAAGUAAACAACACAAUUCAUGCUUUAAUUCUACGUGACAGCUCAUGACAUAAUAUAACACUUAUGUUUCAUUUGUGGUCAUGUUAAUAAGUAAAAUGGCUUUAUUUGUCCUUUAUUCCUUCUUAUUUUAGACAUUUGUACAUAUUUGUAACAUUUUUUUCAAUAAACAUCUGUAUGGAGAUUUGUUUUUACAUACAGAGGAUACAAAAGCA